UUCAACAUUUAUACCAGUUGAAUUAACAAGAAUGGCCACUUUCAGUAUUUUGGGUUGCCUCCUGCUAGCCUUAAGUACACAAGGUCUUUUAUUCAAGUCCAAAGUGUGUUACCAUGAGCUGGGGUGCUUCAUGAAUGCAGAACCAUUCAACAACGCACUGGAUGAACUUCCCGAUUCCCCAAAAGCUGUCAACGCCACUUUAAACCUGUUCACCAGGAAGAACCCCAUCACUAGUCAGUUAUUACGUUACCAGGAUAAAACUACGAUAAGCAACUCUAAUUACAACCCACGCAUGCCAACCAAGAUUCUUGUACACGGCUUUCUUAGCAAUGGACACCAAGAGUACAUGAUUCAGCUGACCAAAAGCUUUUUGGAAAUAGAUGAUAUGAAUAUUAUUGUUGUCGACUGGAGUGACGGUGCUCACAAAUUUUACCCGAAAGCGGUUGCCAAUACUCGAUUAGUAGGAGCCAUUGUGGCAACGUUUGUCAACCUAGUUAAAGACAGCUAUCAGGCGAACCCAGCUUCUUUCCAUGUCAUAGGACAUAGUCUUGGUGCUCAUGUCGCCGGAUACAUUGGCAGUGGAGUUAAAAAUAUAGGCAGAAUAACAGGAUUAGACCCAGCUGGACCAUUAUUUGAUGGAACUGAUAAUGAGGUUCAUCUGGACGCUACUGAUGCUACAUUUGUUGACUGUAUUCAUUCAGAUGGUCUACCAUUGUAUGAUUUAGGUCUAGGAACAUCGGAAGCAUGGGGAAAUAUAGAUUUUUACCCAAAUGGAGGUGGUAACCAACCAGGCUGUCCAUUGCCCGCUGAAGGAGCCGCCAAGGAUAUUUUUGCGUUGCACUUUUCCGAAUUAUCAUCAGAUGUAUCGUGUAGCCAUCACCGGUCUAUUAACUACUUUAUCGAGUCUCUCCAAAAUACAACUUGCCAGAUGGCGGGUCAUCCCUGUUCUUCUUAUGAUGAUUAUGUAAAAGGAAAAUGCACCAGCUGUGGUGAUGGUCCAUGUCCAGUUCUUGGUUAUGGCUCUAUUAACAGUCACCGUCAAGGAAAAUUCUAUCUCACAACUAAUCCCCAGUCUCCAUAUUGUCAAAAUAUAUAUUAAUCUGGCGACAAAUAAAGAACUAUUUGAUACGUACACUUGUAUUGAAGUUGAUCCAUUUUAGUUCUCCAAAGCAAUGGUUACGAUUAUUAUCAUUAACCAUUACUAUACAUGUAUUUACUAAGGUACAUUGGCAUUUCUGAUUAGAUAUC